CCACAUAAGCUGCCAUCCCAGCAACCUGAUUCUACUGGAGUCAUGGACUCCAUAGAACUCUUGCAAAAACCCCAGUUCACAAGGUGCAAAUCUCUUUGAUUGAUUUCGGAAUUCGCCCCAAUCCCAGCGACGAACCACCGAAGAAAUCAGAGACACUCAUCCGUGUAUCAACAAAUGGAGACAAGUUGGGGAGACAGAGAUUCAAGGAUAAUCAAUUCUGGAAGAGAUCAAGAUGCUCCAAAGACCAGCCCUGAUGCAGCUCUUGAUUUGCCGCCGCAGGUUCCUCACUGCAUUGGAGAUAAAAAGAGGGUUAUUACUCCUCCAACUCCAGCAGAGAAAGAAGAGGGGUUCAGGAAGAAGCGGAAACAACAUGUUAAAAUAAAAAAACACAGACCCAAGAUUUUUGAUGAGAGCAAACCCAGAAGGACUCCACGACCUAAUCCUAAAAGGGAAGGAGAAAAGAGGAAACGUACUACAGAAAACAGUCCCGUGAAGCCACCUGGUUCAGCUAUUAGAUCAAGAAAGAUGCCUGACUCUUCAGCUUUAAAUCCUCAAACUCCUAUGCCUUCAGCCAAGGAAAGAAAGAAAAAUGGUACUUCCGGAAAAUCGAAACACCAAUCGAUGUCAUGUAAACGAGGCAUCAGUUUCAAUUUAGAAAGCGCUGCAGAAGAGACUAAUGUUGUCGUAGAGAUAGCUGGUCCACGUAUGGAAGAUGAAAAGAGGCAGAUUCUUGUGAGCAGUAACAGUGUAAUUCCUUUAGUUGGUUCCCUCGAUGGGAUUGGUAUGCAAACAGUCAAUAAUGCUAGGCAACCUGGAAGGGAGAUCUUGAAUAACUUGAGUUUGGAAUUGAAACUAGCAGAUUCAAGUCCCAACUUGAAUGGAGACAAGGAGAUGAUUGGUGUGAUGAAUUUAAACGGGUGCUUGAGUAACUCUUUACAAGUUUACCAGAGGAAAUUGCGAGCCAAUGAACUGAUAAAGUAUUGUAGAAAGUUUGGACCCCGUUGCCUGAGUAUAUUUAAAAGAAAGAGGACGAAGAGACAGAGGGCAACUGAGUAUUGCUUAUGUUUCAUGGAUGACUGUACAAAAAAGACACUGUUGCCUUCCAGGUAUCAAUUGCGCAGCUCCUCCAAGCAACGUUCUUUGUUUACAAUCAGCCGACUCAAUCUUUCAUCAAUGCUACCUACAGCAAGUCAAAUUGAAGCAGCGAUUUGUGAUCCUGAAUCUUUCAAGUGCCAACUAUCUUUGUCUCCUUUAGUGAAAUCUAAAAGGAAAAGAUCCAAAAGGAUUCCCCGAAGUCACUCAUCUUUUUUGCAAGUGUCUCAUUCUACCAUGGUUGAGAGUACUGAUUUAGAACUCAUCUGCCAUGCUGAACAUAGUUACAAGAAAGAGGACCCCCCAUGUCUUGAACCAGCUAUUCAAGAAUGUCUUGAUCUAAUAGCGUAUACUGCUUCUGAUUUAGAGUCUAAAUCUGGAUCGGGAACUCGUGAUAUAAAAGAUUGUAAACUACUUGACAUUGAAUGCCAUCCUAAAGAAGCUUUCAUUCCAACCAGUAAGAGUAAUUUCCGAUCACAUGCAAAAGUGAAACUUAAGAUCUACCCCCCAGAUAUUGAAGUUGCUUUUCAAGAAAAAAUGUUGGCAAUUGCACAGGGUACUUCAAAGUCACAGUCAAACUCUAAAGUUAAGAGACGCCGCUUACAAAAUAAAAGUGUCCUGGCAGAAAGAGACAGCCAGCAGUUUCUUGAUAUGCAAUUCAGUCAUCAAGCAGAUUUUGAAAUCAUGGCCGCCAUUGAAUCAAUUAUCCAGCAAUUGGAGAAUCUGAAAAUAGACGACAAACAAUGCCAGCUGGUAGUGAGAAACAGAAACCUUCAAGGUGGAAUACUUCCUUACCAAAAGAAAAUAGUUCCUUUGAAGAAACAAAAAAUAGCAAAGGUUGAUCUGGAUCCAGAAACAAUCAGAAUGUGGAAUCUGUUGAUGGAGAGAGAUGCAAGUGAAUUGCCAGAGGAUACAGAUGAAGAGAAGAAAACGAAUUGGGAGGAGCAGAGGGAAUUAUUUCGUCAUCGUGUGAAGGUUUUCAUUUCCUGCAUGCAUAUUCUUCAAGGUGAUAGGCGUUUCUCGCCGUGGAAAGGAUCAGUGGUGGAUUCAGUGGUUGGAGUUUUCUUAACUCAAAAUGUAUCCGACUAUCUUUCUAGCAAUGCCUUUAUGUCUCUUGCUGCCAAAUUCCCUGCACCAUCAAGAUGUAGGGAUACAAAAGGUGUUACCCCUUGCAGUCAAGAAUCAACAUCAAAUACUACAGCACCUGAUGGCCUAAAUAUAUCACAAUCACUAGAAGCCUCCAUCUCUGCCAAGCGGGAUAAAGAACCUGGGCCACCAGAAGCUGAAUAUGAGGUUGAAGAGAAAGAGCUUGGUUUACUGGAAGAUGAAAGUGUGGUUGGAGACAAAGAGAUUGGUCUGCUAGAGGAUCGAAAUGUGGUGGGAAAUCCCCCCGAAGAUGAAAAUCUGGUUGUAGAAAAAGAGCUCGGUCCACUGGAAGAUGAGAAUGUGUCUGCAAAGAGCGAGUCUAGUCAGUUACAAGAUGAACAUAUGGUGGGAAGUUCUUCAGUGACCUCCACUUCAGAAAAGUCUACCACUCCAAAACAGACUCCUGUACGUGAAAAAGUACGUAAAGUGACAAAAAUGCAAAUACCCGAUGUUGACUGGGAGGAAUUGAGAAAAACCUACUACAAUCCAAGCAGGACUCAUGGAAGAAACUUGGAUUCUGUUGACUGGGAUGCUGUUAGAUGUGCUCCUGUUGAAGAGAUUGCUAAGGUAAUUGAGAGUAGAGGGAUGAAUAAUAUUCUUGCAGCAAAGAUCAAGGCCUUCCUAGAGCGAUUAGUUCAUGACCAUGGGAGCAUUGAUCUGGAGUGGCUGAAAGAUGUUCCUCCUGAUAAAGCCAAGGAGUUUUUAUUGAGCAUAAGAGGAGUGGGUUUGAAGAGUACGGAGUGUGUGCGGCUUUUGACUCUUGGUCAUCUUGCUUUCCCAGUCGAUACAAAUAUUGCUCGAAUAGCUGUGCGACUUGGAUGGGUGCCUUUGGAACCACUACCUGUUGAACUUCAGAUACAUCUACUGGAACAGUAUCCCCAAAUGGAUGCCAUUCAAAAGUAUCUGUGGCCACGUCUUUGCACAUUGGAUAAAAAUAUACUGUAUGUAUUACAUUACCAGUUAAUUACCUUUGGAAAGGUUAUUUGUACCAAGAAGAAUCCCAAUUGUAAUGCCUGUCCGCUAAGAGCAGAGUGCAGGCACUUUGCAAGCGCAUUUGCUAGUUCAAGGCUUCGCCUUCGAGGAGCACCAGAGAGAAGUGUGGUUAUCCCACAAGAUCAAGUAAGAGAUGAUGUGACCUUGGAUUCACAUAUUAGAGAGCAUAUACCGCCUCCUGUAAUAAAAGAUAUUGAAGACUACGGAUGGGAGAGCAAGGGUCCUAAAUGCCAUACGCAAACUCUUGUGCGAGCUGUUGAAAUUCUAGCAUCUCCACAGGCUGAAUUUGCUAGUGUAUUAGACGACAAGAAUGAGAAAUACUGUCCUCAAAAUUGUGAUCCUAUUAUUGAAAUUCCAGCAUCUCCUGAGCCCGAAUCUACAGUAUCACAUGACAGAGACACUGAAGAAGCUCAAUAUGAGUCAGAAGACGAAAAUGGGAUACCCCACUUCAGACUUAAUACUGAAGAGUUCAAGAGAAAUUUGCUGAAUUAUUUAAAUCCAGAUUUUAAAGAGGAAGAAGUAUCAAAUGCUUUGGUUGCUCUUACCCCAAAAGAUGCUACAAUACCAGCACCUAAAAUGAAGAGUGUUGAGCGUUUAAGGACAAGGCACCGAGUCUAUAUUCUACCAGAUUCACAUCCACUUUUGGCUGGGUUUGAACAGCGGGAAUAUGGUGAUCCUAGUCCAUAUCUUCUUGCAAUUUGGCCAAAAGAAUCUUCAAAUCAAUCAAGAAGCGAAAGCAGCACCCAACAAGAUUCUGAAAUUUGUGAUGGAGAUAUAGACUCUUUGGGUAAUGUUUCUCCAGAAGCAAAUGAGCAAGCAGUUUGUGGAACAAUUUUGAUACCAUGUCGAACUGCAAACAAAGGAAGCUUUCCCCUCAAUGGAACAUAUUUUCAAGUUAACGAGGUAUUUGCUGAUCAUGAAACAAGUGAAUGUCCAAUAAAUGUCCCCCGAAAGUUGAUAUGGGCAUUGGAGCAACAAUAUUUAUAUUGUGGAAGCACUGCAUCAGCAAUAGCAAGAGGUAUGGAUAUGGAGGAGAUUCAACAUUGUUUUUGGAACGGUUUUGUAUGUGUAAGAGGAUUUAACAGGCAAACAUGUGAGCCAGAACAUCUUGUAAAACGAUUUCAUGAACUCCCAAGUGUAGCUGGGAAGAAGAAAUUUCAUGAUGACGAAUAAGAUUAAAGUUGGAACAUGGCUGAAUUGGAGUAUGAGAACCUGCAAGGAAAAAAGGCAACAGUUAACCGUCAUUUCCGACAUUCUCAUAUUCCUGCCAUUUCCGACUAUUGUUGAUUAGGAAUUAGGAUUAGAACUAGUCAUAUUGGUGUAAAUGCUUUAUCAUAAAUAUAUCUUUGCUCGUUUUACUAAACAUGUAAUUUUUAUUUUGCGCAUUAAAUUGUGUAAUAAUCAAAAUAAAUAAAGUAGUAUUUACUUUUCUUGUUGAACUUGUUAAAGAGAACUGUUAACUAUUUUACAUAUAAUUUUUAUUUGUCUUAUUAAAAAAUAUAUUUUA